CCUGCUCCCAUUCCGCGCAUAUUUCGCAUCCUUGGAGAGACGCUGCGCAUUUUACGCACUCAGCGCGCCCGAUCCUUCAUCAAAGCGAACCCGAGAGGAGGCUGUGGAGUUGGCGUAGGGCUUCCCGGUGCUGUAGCGACUCCGAUCCGUGGAAAAGUGUGGGAAUUAAUCCAUAGAGAAGCGUUUUAAUCGAGGGUUCCUGCUGUCUGACGUUGGAUCCACACCACUGGCGGUUGACAUUUGGAGCCUCCAGUAACAAAGUUAGCUUUUGAUUUGUGUUUAUAGUGGUCCACCACUGCCUGUCCCCACUGGGAGUUAAAUAUUAUUAGUAUUUUUAGUAUUGCUUUAAUCUCAGCAUCGUUAGCACUGACUUUACGUCUGCUAGUUAACAUUAGCUGCCAGCAUGGAGCGCAGUAGCUGGAGUGGCAGUGAGAGUCCAGGGGAGGACAUGGACAGACUGAGUGAUUCAGGAGGGGACAAGACCAUGGAUGGGGACCCCGAGGGGGUCUGGAGCCCAGACAUCGAGCAGAGCUUCCAGGAGGCCCUAGCCAUCUAUCCGCCCUGUGGGAGGAGGAAGAUUAUAUUGUCAGAUGAAGGAAAGAUGUAUGGUCGAAAUGAACUGAUAGCCAGAUACAUAAAACUUCGAACAGGCAAGACACGGACAAGGAAACAGGUAUCCAGUCACAUCCAGGUUUUGGCUAGACGGAAAUCCAGGGAGUUCCAGUCCAAACUAAAGGACCAGAAUGCCAAGGAAAAAGCUCUGCAGAGCAUCUCGUCCAUGUCCUCGGCUCAGAUCGUCUCUGCCACCGCCAUACACAGCAAGCUGCUGCCUGGAAUAGUGCGCACCAGCUUCCCCGGAAACGCACAGCUGUGGCAGGGAAUGAUUCCCGGAGGACAGUCCAGCUCCACAGAAGACAUCAAGCCGUUCUCCCAGCAAGCCUACUCUGUGCAGACAGCAGGGACCACCACAAUCUCAGCAGCAUACGAGCCUCCUGCUGCAGCCCAAACACACAGAGAGCCGGCGUGGCAGGGCCGCUCCAUCGGCACCACCAAACUACGACUGGUGGAGUUUUCAUCUUUCCUGGAGACACAGAGGGACCAGGAGGCAUACAACAAGCACCUGUUUGUGCACAUCAGCCAGAGCAGCCCCAGCUACAGCGACCCGCUGCUGGAGUGUGUGGACAUCAGGCAAAUUUAUGACAAGUUCCCGGAGAAGAAGGGCGGCCUCAAGGAGCUGUUCAGCAAGGGCCCACAAAACGCUUUCUACCUGAUCAAGUUCUGGGCGGACCUGAAUUAUAACGUGCAGGACGACCCCGCGGCCUUCUACGGUGUGAGCAGCCAGUACGAGAGCUCAGAGAACAUGACCAUCACCUGCUCCACCAAGGUUUGCUCCUUCGGAAAGCAGGUGGUCGAGAAGGUGGAGAUCAACCCAGAAAUGGAAACAACGGAGUACGCGAGGUUUGAAAACGGACGUUUUGUCUACAGAAUCAGUCGUUCUCCGAUGUGUGAAUACAUGAUCAACUUCAUCCACAAGCUCAAACACUUGCCUGAGAAAUACAUGAUGAACAGCGUGCUGGAGAACUUCACUAUUCUGCUGGUGGUGAGCAACAGAGACACUCAGGAGACCUUGCUGUGUAUGGCGUGUGUGUUCGAGGUGUCCAACAACGAGCACGGAGCACAGCACCACAUCUAUCGACUCAUCAAGGAAUAGCACACACUUUAAACAAACACACAUAAAUGGCCUUUGCUUGUUGAUUAAUGGUGAUAUUUGAGAAAAAAUGUCUUAAAAACAAAGCAGAGUUCUACAAAAAUCUGUCAGCCAAAUGAGUUAGUGAAGAAAGGACGUGGCUGCAUUUUCACUGCUACUCACGGACAAAAAGGACAAAACGCAUUAGAAAAAUGGGGAUAAAUGUAGAUUAACAGCAGAUGGGGCACCGUAUCCUGCAGGAUCCUCCUCUGCAGGAGCGUUUCAACACAAAAUAUUAACAAACUGAUCAGUAGCUCAUUAGCUGUAAAAAAAAGCACAGUGGCAGUGCAGCCAUGGAAACCCAUCAGAAUCGACCUGGGUGGUUUUCCCAAGAACAUCCUGACUCUGGUAUCACCAGGAGACGUCUCCCUCUAAUUGGUUUCCUCCUCUCACUUACUCCCCCCCCGCCAUCUCUCUCUUAGUACAUUUGAAUUUUCGCUGCUGUGAUGAUGGGAAUUUCUGUGAUAUGCUUUUGGGAAAAUCAACCCAGGGAGAAAAAAAGAAAUAUCAAUUUUUUUCCUCCUCCCUGUGACAAAAGUGCACGUUAUCUGCCGAGAUGACGACGCACACUUAAGAUCAGACCCUGUGUAUCAUCAAUAACCAGAGAAGGCGGCUCUAGGAGGAAAUAACACUUCUGCAUUAUCUUAUAUUAGAAAUCGAGGUGGAUUUGUACAGAUAGACACUGCAAACUGUGUGAGGUGAAUUCUUGCACAAAAGAAAGAGGUUUGUCCCAAAGAAAAUAAUCCAAUUUUUACCUUUUUGUAUUUUUUCUUUAACAAAAAAAAAAAAAAAAAAAAAAUCUAAACUUUGGGAAAUUGUUUAUUGAUAGUAGCAUAUAGACUAUAUUUUAAUUCCACGAACACUAUCAAAAAUUUAUGUUAAUAAGAAAAUAUAAUUGAAAAAUUCAGGUACCUUUUUUGUGCAACAGGUGAUUUAGAUUCAAUUAAAAUUACAAUCCUGUAGAUUUCAUUCGCGUCGAAUUGGCGAGAGCUAAAUGAGAAUGAAGGUGCCCCAAAAAUAUAUUUAAAAAUGAUCAAUAUGGAGAUCUAAGGAUUAUAAUUUUAAACAUACUGUUGCGAGUCCUUUAAAAAGCACUGUGAAUUUCAAAAGCUACACGUCAUUCAUGGUGUCUGAUGUAGAAAAACGUUUUACUUAAAGUAUAAUUCUCCCUUUAUGACCUGGUUUCAUAUCAGAAGUUUCACUCGGCUUAUUUCAGGAUUUGUACCAGCAAAGAGGAGCCUUAACGUGUCCAUGUGCAUAAAAAUGUGCAAAUCUUACGUUUCAUAUUACACCCAUGUUUCAAUCGACUCUGCGUCAGGCUGGUUUUCUCGGUGGCGCACUUUGCUUUCUCCUGUAAAAUCACAUCACGUCUGGGGGAAAGUCGUUCAUGGAUCAGAAACCAAAAACUGUGGAUGGAGUGUUCUGUAGCAGGUGUCGUCUGGUGGUUCGUCUGUGUCAUGCUCAGCAGCAUGAAGUGCCUUUUGGCUGGAAACAGCAGUGGACAUUUCUGUUCUGUUUUGCUUGAGUCCUGCUGAUUUGGUGUUGUAGAUGGUGUGUAGAAAUAAAGAAAUUUUAGUGUACAUCAAUAACACUCAGUUUUCAGUGUCCUUCAGUCACUUUCAACAGUUUUCAUUGUAAUUUGCUAAAAGUCAGCACAAGAUUGUCCUCAGAAGCUGUUUUGUUCUCCACAAAAAUGUCAUUUCACUUCCUGUUUAAUGGCAGUAUUUAGAUGUAUUUGCAUUUUUAAUGUUGGAAGACCUUACAAACUUACUAUCUGGUGCCUCACUCAUUUAUGGGACUUUUUAAAUCAAGUAUUAACCAAUCUGUCUCCAAGUCUGUCCACACAGUUAUCAUCAGGGUUGAGCUAAAACUGAUACCAUUAUAUUUUUUUAAUACAAAACUUGUAUGUGGUCUGUUAGCUUAAAUAUUUUAAACCAGGAGAAACAGCCACUUCCACUUUCAAGAAUUACUGACAUGUUUCUCUAAAGCAAACCAAGAUUUUCAACUUUCAUCAUCUCAGGACACUUUAAGGUACAUUGAACAAAGGGAAAAACCUAAGUUUCCUUUAGAUUGUGCACUUGGAGACAAUGAGAAGGAGAAACUCUUAAAAGCUGGUCUUUUUUCAGCUUUACAUUACUGCCAUUUGUUUCCAUUUACAUACUUAUGCACAGAGUGAACCCGAGUGCAAAUAAUAAAAGUGGGAGAUUUUUGUGGCCAGAUGACCUGAACUCCUUGAUCUCUGCAAGAAAAGUGGCACCUACUUUACCUGCAGGACUGAAAAACAAGACAAGGAGUUCAGCCCGUUUUACUUGAUUUAUCUGUAAACACAAACGUCUGUAAAUAUGUAGUCAGCUGAAGUCUGCGAAUGAAAGUAAACUCAGAAAAUAUCAACCAUUAUCUAAAAGUUACGUUUGAAAAGUUUAAACAAAACAGCCAAACAUGAAAUCAAUCGCAUUUAAAUCAACGUGUCUGAAAAACCUCAUCGGUUUAUUUAGCUGUGAGUUAAAAGAAGAGACGGUGUUGGUUAAUACUGAGAUAUUAAAUAAAACAUGCGUUUCAUCGUUGAAGCUCUGCAGGAAGGCGGAGCCUAAAAGGAUUUAAUAUAAAUUGUGUGGACAUUAAGUGUAAAAAGUGGCAUUAUUUAGGCAUUACAGCUUAGACUAUAUCAAAGAAUGUCCCUUGAAAUGUAGAGCUGGUGGUGACCUUGAAUCCUGGUAAAAUCUGGGUAAAAUACGAACACGUGAAAUAUUGUUGGGAUUUAGACGUCCUCUAAAAUUUAACUUUUUAACAAGUUUUAGCACAAAGUCAACAGGCUAUCAAGUCGACUCCUAACAGCUGAUUCUGGUAGAUUAUUAACAGGUAAAUAUUUAUUGUAAAGACAUGACAGUGGUAUCAGUUUUCUCAGAGAAAGAAAUUAAGUUAUUUUUUAAAACUGUUCCUUUACUGGACUGAAAUUGCAGCCAUUGACCACCAGUUAGUAAAGCUGACCAGAUCUGUACAACAGUCACAUUUACUGAGGUAUCCUGAUGGCUUCAGCAGACAACAGCCCCCACUUCAAGCAGCUUUGGGGGGUGUUAGAAAUUCCUGACAGACUUGCAGCAAUUGUGCAAGAUUUUUUUUUCCCUGUUGCAAAUAUUUCAUGUGAAUGCCGACAAGCAGUUACAUGCAUGUAAAUGAAUGAGGUCCAGAGCUUUUUAUAUGUCAAAAAUGAAAGAACAUCAGACGUCCAAACUCAUGGGGCCUUUUUUCCAGUAUGACCAGCUGCCAUGCUUUUUGGUGUCCAGAAGAUCCAGUAAGACGAGAAACUUCAGACCUGAAAUGAGACAUCUUCAGAUUUACAUGCAGUGUGAUCUGUGUGCUGUAAAGUAUUUGGAUUCUGACUUAACCUUUGAACCCGUUUGAGCUUUCGACCUUCUGUGAGUUUUGUCUCACUCUGCAGUAACUUGUUUGCAGAAAGACUGCAGGGCUUUUUACACUGGAGUAUCAACAUGUAACGUGUAAGUGAUACGCUCACAGACGGCUGUUGCUGCAAUAAUGACUGUCUGGACAUCCUCUACCACCUGCCUACCAAAGAAACUUUCAUCAUGUGACAAGUGGUACAGAGAAACAAAGUGAUAAAACACAAGCCGAAGGAGCCGAGAAGCUGCUGGGCUCAAGAAAAAAAAGCAUUUUAAAAGUCUAAUAUGGACACCUCUUAUCAUCUUGGGUGGCAGACUGAAGGAGACCUGCAUAAAAAGACCCACUGAAACUGUGACUGGUUAAGAUGCUCUAAAUGUCUGUAAACCAUUAAAAACACUGGGCUGCAGGGCUUUACUGUUAAAUGUCAAUUCAUUGUAAUCAAGCUGAGGAUGUCCGCGGUGUGCAUACUCCAGGCCUGGAGGUUUCGAAGCUCAGUGAAGCGCAGAGUUUCUCCCUCAUCGUUGUCUGUGUUCUUAUUGUUGUCUUGUACGUGUAGAUUGAAUAUUUAUCUAAUAUUCUGGACACAUGUGGAACAGAGAUCUUGUCUGUAAUCAAUCCCAAAAUGGCCUUGAAUCUUUUCGCUCUGGUGCAGCACAUCUAUGUAUGUAUGUAUGUGUGUGUGUAUAUGUGUGUGUGUGUGUGCGCGCGCACUGAGGGUUUUGAUAAGGUGCUUUGUAUAAUAGUGACAAUAACGUUUAUUACAGAUGUUGUGUAUAUCUUUGAUAUUCUAAUGUUUAUCCUAUUUUGUGAAGAAGAGAGUACAUUUAGAAAAAUCCAGAAGCUAGUAGUGUUUGUGUAUUGGUUCUGCACAGGGUCUGAUCUUUGCUUUGUAACUUUACCCCCACACCCCCAUGGCUAAAAGUAUGUUAGAUAUUUUCUAGCUUUGUAGAGACUUUGUACGCCUAUGCUAUUCAGUUUAAAUAAAUGGUCAGUUCUAAA